AUGCAUUGGCGUUACUGUGAAUUGCUUGCGGGAGCGGUCGCGAGCUUCGCGACCGCUUCACUGGGAUGCACCAUCGCGUGGCCCUCGCCCGUGUUUCCGAAACUCGUCGAUCCGGAACUGACCGAUAAUCCCUUCGGCGAGGUACUGAUGGCUAGUGCCCAAACCUGGACUGACUCGGCACCGGCAAUCGGGGGCAUCGGAGGACCACUGCUGGCCAGCUGGAUAGCGGACCGGAAGGGUCGCCGGUUGGCGUUGCUCCUUAGCACCGUGCUCUACAUCGUCGUGUGGCUGCUGUUCAUGAUCGUCCGUUCGGUCCCACUGCUGAUCGUCGCCCGUACACUGGGUGGAUUUGCCAACGGGUACGUGUUACUGGCGGCGACUCUCUACAUCGGCGAGAUUGCUAGCGAUCAGUACCGCGGUGCCCUGGGCUGCUACCUUCAGAUCGGCACAACGUUCGGCAUCCUUUACGUGUACUGUCUGGGGCCGUUUGUCAGCUACCUGGCCCUGCAGGGGCUCUGUUGUGUCCUGUCGAUACUGUUCGGAACACUGUUCCUGUACAUGCCCGAGACACCGCACCAUCUGAUAGCUCAGGGUCACUUACGGCGUGCUUCCGAAACACUCAUGUUUCUCCGCGGUCGCCGUCAUAUCGCUGAAGUGCACGAAGAACUGGAAGAGUUGAAGCAGUACGUGCUCCAAUCGCCCGAUCCUGACGGGAGCGCACCGGAACAGACCGUAAGUCGCUGGGGACCGUUUCGACGACUCAAGCAACUGUUCCGCACCUCAGCGAACCGCCGAGCCCUGGCGAUCAGUCUAGGCGUUGUGGUGUGCCAGCAGUGGACCGGUAUUGAUGGAAUCUUGUCCAGCAGUGAGCUCAUCUUCGGCAAAGCCGGCAUGGCACUCGAUGCCGUGUACUCCACCGUCGUGCUGGGUGCGGUACAGUUCUUCUGCAGCUGCCUGUCACCGCUCUUUAUCGAUCGCUUCGGACGUCGCCCAAUUCUACUCCUCACUUCGGCCGGACUAGCGAUUGCCCUCGCGGCACUCGGAGCGUACUUUCUUCUGGAACGUCACGGUGUGGUUCCGCUGCGCACGAUCGGCUGGAUGCCGCUUGCAGCUUCGCUGCUCUUUGUGGCCCUCUACAACGCCGGCUUCGGGCCGGUGGCGUGGGCGCUUGUCAUGGAGCUGUUUGCCCAUGACGUGAAACCCCUCGGACUCUCGCUGGCCGUCUCGUGUCUGCUGCUGUGCGACUUUCUCGUCCUGCGACUGUUUGCGUACAUUAGCGAGUCUUUUGGGUUCGAUCGGGCGUUCUGGAUGCUGGCCAUCGCCUGUGUCCUCGGGUUCGCGUUCUGCUGGUGGGCGGUGAUCGAGACCCGCGGCCUUACACUGUACGCCAUCCAGGAACGGUUGAGUGCCGUAAAAGUGAUCCGAUUAUGA